GGGACUUCAACACAUUAGGCAUAAAGAGCAGUGAACUGGGCGGUUCUUUGCACUCUCGCCGUCAUCUUCUAGGAUAUCAGAGAAGGAGGAACUGGACCCUUGUGGAAUCUAAAAAGUACAAGCUCUGAGGAAUCUCUCCUCUCCUUCUGUCAAAUUAGGAGCCUCUGGUUUUUUCUCUUCUUCUCCCAUCACACGGUCCACAAUGGCAACAACAGCUGACUGCAACUCUCUCGCCACAGUGUGCUCGGGCACAAGCUGCCUUGUUCCUCCCAGUAACUUCAAUGCAGUGCUCAGCGUGGUGUUGAGCACAGUGCUCACUGUAAUGCUUGCUUUUGUCAUGUUCGCCAUGGGUUGCACUGUGGAUGCCAUGAAGCUGUGGGGCCACAUCAGGAGGCCCUGGGGCAUCUUUAUCGGCUUCCUCUGCCAGUUUGGCAUCAUGCCUUUCACAGCCUUUGCCUUGGCACUGGCCUUCAAUGUCAUGCCUGUGCAGGCUAUUGUCAUCGUCAUCAUGGGCUGCUGUCCUGGAGGCACUGGCUCGAACAUUAUCUGCUACUGGCUGGACGGAGACAUGGACCUGAGCAUCAGCAUGACAGCUUGUUCAUCUAUUAUGGCCUUGGGGAUGAUGCCUCUUUGUCUGCUCAUUUACACCACCCUCUGGACUUCCACUGGCACCAUCCAGAUCCCAUAUGACAGCAUCGGCAUCACUCUGGUGUCUCUUCUUAUCCCGAUUGCUCUGGGAAUUUGUGUGAAGCGCAAAUGGCCCCUCGUGGCAAAAAAAAUCCUCAAGGUCGGAUCCAUUGGAGGCUUUGCUCUCAUUAUCAUCAUAGCUGUGGUUGGAGGGAUUCUCUACCAGUCCUCCUGGACCAUUGCUCCCUCCCUUUGGAUUAUUGGAACUAUUUACCCCUUUGUGGGUUUCGGCCUGGGGUUCCUCCUGGCCCGCAUUGCAGGCCAGCCCUGGUACAGAUGUCGAACCAUUGCAUUGGAGACGGGUUUCCAGAACUCCCAGCUGUGCAGCACCAUUGUCCAGCUGUCCUUCAGCCCUGCUGAGCUGGAGGUCAUGUUUGCAUUCCCCCUCAUCUACAGCAUCUUCCAGCUGGUGGUGGCCGUCUCAUGUGUGGGAGGCUACCAGCUGUAUAAAAAACAUUGCGGUGGAGCUCAUGCAGACAGUGAGAAUGCAUCUCUGGAAGCUGGCGAUGGUGUACAACAAAAAGUGAAGGGCUACUUUGAAAAUAACGCCUUCGAGUCUGAAGAGAACGGGAACAGUGAAGAGAAGGAUAAGAACACCCAGCUAUGAGAUUAGCAGGGUGGGAAAGUAUGGAAUCAGAUUUGAAUCAUUUCACGGCUCUGCCCCACGUGCCUUCAAACUGCACCACCUCCAGACACCUGCAAGCAGAUCAGUUUGAAGAACAUGCAACAAUAUCUCAGAACUGUAUUCAGAGCAUCAUAAAUAACCCAAUGUUAAGCUCGCGUGAACAUUUAUGAGUCUUGCGGUGAAGUAGUUAAUGGACUAUCGUUCCUGCAUAAGGAAAAAUAUUUCAAUCUAUAAAAUAUUUAAAACUAUUAUAUUCAGUCAGUCAAUAUUCAGCUCUUAUUUAUGAAAGAGGUUGUAAAUGGGGAGGGGGGGUAAUAUUAUUAAUAAUAUUAGUAAUAUUAUUUAUUCAGUAUGUUAAGGGAGAAGAAUAUGGAUGUAGGGAGAAAAGCUCGACAUUCCCAGAUAUAAAACCUGGUUGGCUGAGGAGUCCAAAUGGGGAAAGAAAGCUGAAUGCAAAACUGUUGAACAUCAGAACAAGAUGAUUUACAGUAACUGCAAUCUUCUGGCAGUUAUUUGGCAAUAGCAUACAUAUUCAGUUAACACAUAUUCAGUUGGAUUUUAAAAACAAUUUAUUCACUCA